UAUCGAUAAGUUUCCCAUUACUAGAUACUAGGUCACAUGAGUCCCAUGAGUCUGACGUUCAAAAUAUAUAUCUGAUCAUAAAAAACUGCUGAUUCUCGCCAACAUUUGUUACAAAAUUGCUAUUUCUGAACAAAUCAGAUGGCUCUUCCAAUAAAUGAAACCACGAUGAAAAUUGUUCCUUCAGCGAAAUUAAUAAACUUCAUUAAAACUUAUAUCUGUCGUGAUCCACUUCAUUCUGAAUCGAUUCGCGACUUCGUUUAUGACAUGUCAAAAAUAAAUGAAAAACCAGUUGAAGUGCAGAACUUCAGCUCGUAUCAGCAGAAGCCAAAUGAAAAAAAAAUCAUGGGGAAAGAAUCUUUGACCUUUAAGACUGCUUAUCUGAAAGAGCGAUCAAAUAAUCUAAAUGAUAGAGAGCUACAAGUUUUUGGUUUUGAAGUUUUAGUGCUAAACGAUCUCAAAUGGUUACAACGAGUAGUUACUCAAUUACGAAAACAGAAUAACGAGUUGCCUUAUUUACAUGAGCUGAUACGGGAUUGUAAAAUAGCACUUCCAAAGAAUGAAAUUAUAGAGCGUAACCCGGAAUUAGAAGCGCGGUGUAUCAAGCUUCGGUGUGAGCAAGAAGCAAAAGAAUACAAAGCAAUGACUCGAAAUGUCGACAAUAUUCAGAAUUAUAUACCACAGGACAGUAUAGCCUAUCAAACGAAACAAAUAAACCGACAACUUAUAGCCGUCGGGCAAUUCAUAUUUUCGGUGAUUGCUGGAUUUGCAUUUGGCUUUAUUGGAAUCGAACUGAUUGUUGGACAACUGGAUUUCGGAUUUCGACUAUUGCUAGGCAUAAUAAUUGCUUUAAUAAUAGCUUUAGCAGAGAUAUAUUUUCUAGCAAAGAAAUUGAACGAAGAUUACAGUAUUACUAGUUCAUUAUCAAAGACAGUCGACGGUAGUAAGAGGAAAGUAGAAACAGAAGAAUUUAUUCAUAGAAAUGACACGCUGCAUAAUAAGAAGUCGCAUCAAGAUUAAAUGUUAAUACUGUUUUUGAAUUAUAGUUAUGCAUAUUAUCAUUGGAAAGCAUGAUGGUGUUCUUGAAUAGCCAUUAAAUGCGCACUGUUUUUAUUAAGUAGACACAGUGAAAUGGAAAACACUUCUAGGUUUGUUAAGGCUUGAAUUGGAAUGAUGAAUAUUUUAUUUUACAACUUAACUAGGAUAGCUUAGUCUUGUUAGUUUAGGUUGUCAUACAACAUUGGUCGGUUGCUAUCCAACACCCCUACUCAUCCGAAUCAUCCUAACUUGGUUUUUAGCGUCCCGAACGCUUAAUAUCUACAUGUUUCAUCCUUUUGUGGUCGCGUGGUUCUUAGGCAAUGCAUAUACAUGACUGGUUGUCUUCAUGGAGCACUACAGGUGGGUGUAAAUUGAUUCUGAUCUCGAUAAUAAGGUUUCUCAGUUAGAUAGCUUCACAGAUAGCAUGGCUGAGGGACACGUAGUCGGCUUUAGUUGGAGAUAAUGCGACGGUACUUUGCUUGCGGGUCAUCCAGCAAAAUGAUCCAGCGAAGACUUGGAACAUACUUCUAUGGUUCCCUUCAGGUAACGUAGGAUGCGCUUCAGAUGACUACAGUGUACUCCCUUGAGUGCGGAUUGAUAAUUGCUGCAUUGAUGUCCGGCCUCGAAGAUAGCGUCAUCUCAUCAGCUCACGAAACAGUUCUGUGGUCAAAGGUUCGCUCUUACAUUGUUUCAGUUUGAGGUUUGGAUCCAGCGGCGUCGGUGCAGGCUUGCAUUCUAUCAUAACAAAACGCCGUAAUAGAUCAUUCACAUACUUUGGUUAACUGAUCUUAAUGGUCCCCUUAGAGUGAUCUCAGUCAUCUCGAAUCUCGCUGAUAACCUUUUCUUUAUUUCAGCGAUUAUAUUCAAGCGUUUGGAUACCAAAAUUAUGUCUUCAAUAGCCUUCCAUAAGUAGAGACAGCUAUCCAAGUAGGAACGUAGAAAACCUAGCUCAAGAACAAAAGUAUGAAACUCCGAGUUCCAGCUUCGGGGAGCCUGUUUCAAUCCAUAAUGGAAUUUCUCCAGACGACAGGCGAGCCCAGGAUCAUGCUCGAAUCUCUCUGGUUGUCGCAUAAAUAUCUCCUUCAGUUGUUCAUUUAAGAAUGCAUGUUGUACCGCAUUUGGUUUGCCAUCGCCAACAGCACACUCACCGUGGUCGCCUUUGCUAGCGGUAUAUACAUUUCGUCAUAGUCAUGCCCCUGGCAUUGAGAGUAGCUCUUGGCAACUAGGCGGGCUUUCUACCGGUCGACGUUUCCAGCUUCAUAUCUCUUGAUUUUGAACUCCCACUUGCAAUCGACGAUGUUUUUGUCUUGCGGCUUCGGAACAAACUCCCAGGUUUUGUUCUUUCGUAGUGAAGUCAUUUCGUUGUUGAUAGCCUCUUCCAAUUGCGGCCAAUCGCUCUGGCGACGCAAUUCAUCGAUCGUGGUUGGUAGUUUUUCCACGAACAUCUCAGCUUCCAACGCAGAGGCUAUCGCCGAAUCGUCACGGUUCUCGGAAUUACCGGGAAGCUUGCGCUCUCGUUCGCAUUGCCUGGUUGUCACAUCUGCUGGGCAGUUGACACAUUCUGGAAGCGCGACAUCAGCAUUGUCAUCAACAUCAUCUUUAUCGGGUGUUAUGAUGGCUUUUCCUUCUUUGCAUCAGGCUGGCCAUCGAUAGUGUUAGUUUCGAGACUGGUCGCCUCCGGUUCUUCUGUCUCUCCGCUUUUGUACAGUACCAGUUUGACACCGUUCUAUGUGUAGAAAUUAACAGUGCGCCCCCCGUUUAGCUCUAGCGGUUAAGUGUUUCCGCUGUCAAGCACACACACACACUUUGUAACUUUCUUUUCUUUCCAACUUAAGAUACUGUGAGACGUACACGUUAUUAAAUAUCGUUCUUUUCUAAUUUA